AUGAACUUCUUUAGUAAUUCAACAUCACGCCUUAUUGUUCCACGUUGGAAACGACCCGGUACACAAUCAGUUCAACCGGAUACGCUUUCAACCACUUGUAAGUAUGCCAGCACUGAAGGACGCUUCUCAAUCAUUGAUAAAAGACAUAAAGAAUCAGCGAGCAUGGAAUCAUCGGAUUCAUCGUCUGACGAAAUGGAUUUUAUGAAAAAAAAAAUAAUAUUUACUGAAAUGAGACGUGAUCAUCAUGUUUUAUUUCAAUCAUCAACAGCAGCAACUAUUACGCCACCACAACAGCAACCACAACUGGAACUUAAGAAAAAUAAACAAAUGAAUGGAUCACGAUUUAAAAUUGUUCCAUUGGAAUUGUGUUACGAACGUGGUCGUUGGGCAUGUUGGGAUUUCUACAACACAGAACCUCCGAAGCGAAAUUCUGAACGUCCAUUCAGUAGCUCGAGCAACAGCCUAUCUACGAAAUCGUUCAGAAAUACCUGUAAAUCGUCGAUGUUUUCACCGGUCGAUAAUGCACCUCAUACCGCUCCUCCAAAUGAUCAGCAAUCUGUAACCUUCUCGUUUGAUUUUUCUGAUGAAUCCGAUAUUGAUAAUCAUCUUACAACAAAAGUGGUUUGCUUUUAG